AUGGGGGCUUUCGCUGACGAACCGCUACAUGAACUCGAUCUGAACAGCCUGCCAGGCCCCCAAGAGACCGAGUGCUCUUCGGCGGCUAAAGCGACGGCGCUGCUUGCAAGGAUAGACACGCUGGGAUGCCACAGAAGCUACACGGUAAGAGAAAUGCGGCCUGAGGGGCAGUACGUGGUGUUGGAGGCCGACUGGUACGAAUUCCGGUCGCAGUUGGACCGGCUGGCGACGUCGCUGGUGCAGGUCACAAAGACCGCCAAUGGAACCGCGGUGCUGGUGUGGUCCGCGAGACCGCAGGAGGAUGAGACGCCCGGGAGCUGGCGCUGGCUGAGAAUCAGACUGAACCGUCUAGUCACUCCCUGUGAACUGAACCUUUCGCUGCCACACCGGCUGUCCGCCGACUCGAGGUCGGUCAUAUUGCCGCAAAUCACCUUCACGGAGCUGCGUCGGGAAGUGCUGCUCAACGGCAGGCUGCUGACAUGCCGUCGGAGCGAGCUGCCGCCGAUCUCAGCUCCGCCAGGCGCACCGCUGCCCGUGGCUGCUGGUCCCCGCCAGGCAGGGCCGCAGGCGGCCCUGCCACAGACCCAAGAACUACAUCUGACGAAAGCCGCGGUCACCUACUUGAUCGGCCCCGUUGGAGAACGCAUAGAGGCCACCAGACUCCAGUCACAGGCCACCAUCAAAGUGCUCCCCAUCUGCAAGCGACUCAGCGCGUCCGAGCAGAGCCACCCGCGCUCCCUGCAGCAGACGCUUGCCAUAACGGGCGACCGCCUCCAGAUAGCCACCGCCAUGGCCCUGCUCGAGGCCCAAUUGAGCCUCCAUCGUCUGGCUCCAGACCACCAGCUUUAA